CAAUACACUUCGCACCAGCAAUCCCCUCAAUGUCUAUUACACCAUUCCAAGAGACACAUCAGGUGGCCAGCAUGCCCUGAAUCCGUGUCAGCGUCGUUUCACUCACCCGUCAGAAGCACAUGCUGAGGCAAUGACUGCGGAGGCCAUGCCACCACACAGUCGCCUGAAGAGUGAUUCGUAUUGUUUUACUUGGGAAGAGGUCAAGCCCUCAACAAGGAAUACACACACACCCACCUCCCUCCUCACUCCUCUUGAACCCGCAUCCAAGUACUGUUACCGGCAGUCACCACAAAUGAGACACAAACACGAGAGGAAAUCCCACCUUCAGUUUGCUCCUUGA